UGUUGUUAUUUUCACUGCACGCGCCUGGCACCGCUGUCACACGGAGCACUUUUUUUCGUUCCGUUGGCAAUUUUCUCCUCGGUUCCGUAUCGGUAAUUAUUCGGUGGAAACAAUAACAGAAACUUGUAUCGUGCGGUGCAAAAUGAAGUGCCACUACGAGGUGCUUGGAGUUACGCGCACGGCCGACUCGGACGAAAUCAAGAAAUCGUACCGCAAGCUUGCUCUCCGCUGGCAUCCGGACAAAAACCUCGACAACGCAGAGGAGGCAAACCAACAGUUUCUUCUCGUUCAGGCGGCGUAUGAUGUGCUUUCUGAUCCGCAGGAAAGGGCAUGGUACGACAACCAUCGCGAACAGAUACUGCGAGGCGGACAUACCGACUAUGAAGAUAGUUCUUUGGAUGUGUUCCCUUACUUUACCGCCUCUUGCUACAAGGGCUUCGGGGACGAUCCGGGAGGAUUCUACGCCGUGUAUGCAGAAGUGUUUAAUAAGCUGGCCACGGAGGAAGUGGAAUUCCUCGACACCGAGGAAGAGUUCGACGAGAUACCCAAGUUCGGUAACUCGCAAUCCGAUUACGAAACGAUCGUGCGCCAGUUUUACGGCUACUGGGAAGGGUUCUGUACCAAGAAAAGCUACGCUUGGCUCAAUCCACACAAUGUGGCCGAGAUUCGCGACCGUCGGAUACUGAAGGCCAUCGAGAAGGACAACAAGAAGGUGCAGCAAAAGGCGCGCAAGGAACGCAACGACGAGAUUCGCAGCUUGGUAAUGUUUGUGAAGAAGCGCGACAAACGGGUGCAAGCGUACAAGAAGCUGCUGGAGGAGCGGGCAUCCCAGAACCGGCUGAAGUCGGAACAAAAGCGGUUGGAGCAGAUACGCCGCAAUCAGCAGGAGAUCGAGGAACAACAGCGUAACUCGUCGAGCUUUUUCAACGACGCAUACGAAGAACAGUUAAGAAAACUGGAAGCGACGUAUGCCGAAGCAUCGGAGGAAGAGUCAGACGACGAGAACGGGCAGGCGAACGGGCUGGAAGACGCAAUGGCCGGCCUAAACGUUAGCCAGAACGAAAAUGGGGAGGAAAGCUUCUACGUGGACGAUCUGUACUGUGUCGCCUGCGACAAGAUGUUCACCAACCGUAGUUCGUACGAAAACCACGAAGCAUCGAAAAAACACAAGCAAAACGUUGAGCUGCUGCGCAAGGAAAUGCGCAAGGAGAUGGAGGAAAAUGAGUGUAAAGAACCGACGCUGGACCCGGAAGAGGGCAGCUUAUCGAACGACGAUGAGCUGGAAAUUGCCAACGGAACUGAUUGCGAUGAGCAGCCCGAAUCGGAAGUGCAGCAAGAGGCGAAACCGACAAAAAGCAAGCAAAAGAAAAACAAGGGCAAAAAGAAGGCACUCAGCAGCACUACCAUACCUGUGAUAAAGUCGUCCGACGAUGAGGAACACGAUUCUGCAACCGAGGCGGCUGAUAUGAUCGGUUUACGGCUGGGACGCGCCACAAAUGCCGCACCGAGUGACGAUGAUGACGAUUGGACCGGUGGCAGCAAGAAAUCGAAUCGAAAAGGAAAAACGAAGGGAAAAGCUGCUGACUCGGGCCCAAAGGGCAAAGCCGCCAAAGCUCAAGCCAAAGGUGAGGCGGAGCCCUUCUCAUUGCCUGCUGCUACUGGCUCGAGCAAAGAGUCGGGGCCCAUCUCAGACGACGAGAGCACUAGCCAGUCGAGCACGGAGAACGCAUGUGUGACGUGCAAGGAGAAGUUUACCUCCAAGAAUAAGCUGUUCGAGCAUCUGAAGAAAACUGGCCACAGUGUGUACAUCGACAAGCUGAAGGCAGCGAAAGCGGUUGCGAAGGGGGCUGAUGGCGUGAAGGGUGGUGGUAAGCGAAAAGGAAAGUGAAGUGAGAACGUACCACCCGCUGGCCGGAUCUGAUCUCGCUGUUGAGAAAUGGAAAUGAUGCAACAAAACAGACUCAAACAGAACCGAGUUUCUUAAGCAAAGAGAGAUAAA